CCCUACCGGACGAGCCAAUCAACAGUGGCGCAGGUUGGCGCGGGGUCAAAGCCGCGGAGGCGGAGCUGGCGCUGCGGCAGGAGGGAAGAUGGCGGACGAGGAGAAGCUGCCGCCGGGCUGGGAGAAGCGCAUGAGUCGCAGCUCAGGCCGAGUAUACUACUUCAAUCACAUCACCAAUGCCAGCCAGUGGGAGCGGCCCAGCGGCGGCAGCAGUGUUGGAGGCAGUAGCAAGAACGGCCAGGGGGAGCCGGCCAGGGUGCGCUGCUCGCACCUGCUGGUAAAGCACAGUCAAUCUCGGAGGCCCUCAUCCUGGCGGCAGGAAAAGAUUACCAGGAGCAAGGAGGAGGCACUGGAACUGAUCAAUGGCUACAUCCAGAAGAUUAAGUCAGGAGAAGAAGACUUUGAAUCUCUGGCCUCACAGUUCAGCGAUUGCAGCUCUGCCAAAGCCAGAGGAGACCUGGGUGCCUUCAGCAGAGGUCAGAUGCAGAAACCGUUUGAAGAUGCAUCAUUUGCUCUACGGACAGGGGAGAUGAGUGGGCCAGUGUUCACAGAUUCGGGCAUCCAUAUCAUCCUGCGCACAGAAUGAGGGCAGGCACCUGGCCA